AGGUGGAGGCAUGAAGCUAUUCUUUUUUUAUGUGAUUAUAUUCAUGUUCAACUCCUUCACUGAGGCUGUACACAAUACCUCAGCAGGCUGUGUUAUCAUUCGUCCUCCCAGAGAUGGGGGGAUAAGAUAUAGAGGCCUGACCCAAGAACAGAUCCGGAGUGUACAGGUUUUACCAGUGGAUUAUGAAAUUGAGUAUAUCUGCAGGGGAAACCGGGUCAUCGUGGGGCCUAAGGUCAGGAAAUGCCUUCCUGAUGGCACCUGGACUGAUCUCAGCCAGCGUAGCAAGUGCUUGCUGCCAUGUGCACAGGUGUGGACAUCUCUGGAAAAUGGUCGUGUAAUAACGUCCCGCCCGGGCCGGCAGUAGAGGGAACUGUGCUGAGAUACAGCUGCCUGAACGGCUUCAUCCUCGAGGGCAGGAACAUGACACAGUGCACCCACCAGGGCACCUGGGACUCGCCCAAACCCACCUGCCGCUACAACAGACACUACACAGGAAAGAAGAAGCUCUACAUCGGCGCCUUGUUCCCCAUGAGCGGAGGAUGGCCCGGGGGUCAAGCCUGCCUGCCUUCUGCUCAGAUGGCGCUUGACUUGGUGAACAAGAGAACAGACAUUCUGCCAGACUACGAGCUCGAAAUGAUCUACUACGAUAGCCGGUGCGACCCUGGGGAAGCCACUAAACUGCUGUACGACUUGCUCUACACGGAGCCCAUAAAAAUCGUACUGAUGCCCGGCUGUAGCUCAGUGUCCACGCUGGUGGCUGAGGCGGCUCGUAUGUGGAACCUCAUUGUGCUCUCUUACGGCUCCAGCUCUCCGGCUCUGUCUAACCGUCAGCGCUUCCCUACGUUCUUCCGCACGCACCCGUCUGCCACGCUGCACAACCCCACCCGCGUGCAGCUGUUCCAGAAGUGGAAGUGGACCAAGAUCGCCACCAUCCAGCAGACCACCGAAGUCUUCACAUCCACGUUGGAUGAUUUGGAGCAGAGAGUGAAGGAGGCUGGAAUUGAGAUCAGUGUGAGGCAGAGUUUCCUUACCGACCCUGCUGUGGCUGUCAAGAACCUUAAGCGGCAGGACGCUCGGAUCAUCGUGGGUCUGUUUUAUGAAACGGAGGCCCGAAAAGUCUUCUGCGAGGUCUAUAAGGAGAAGCUGUACGGGAAAAAGUAUGUGUGGUUCCUGAUUGGCUGGUACGCCGACAACUGGUUCAAGAUCAAAGACCCGUCAAUAAACUGCACCGUGGAGCAGAUGACAGAGGCGGUGGAGGGCCACGUUACCACCGAGAUAGUCAUGCUCAACCCUGAGACAGUUCGAGGAGCCUCCAAUCUGACCUCACAGGAAUUCCUGACCCAGCUGAUGUCUAAGCUGGGAGGGAAGAACCCGGAGGAAACAGGAGGGUUCCAGGAAGCCCCACUCGCCUAUGAUGCAGUGUGGGCCCUCGCUUUGGCACUUAACAAGACUGUUGGGCCAUUAAGGGCCAGAGGCCGCAGGCUGGAGGACUUUAACUACAAUAACAAAGAUAUAACUGCUGAGAUUUACCGCGCCCUCAACACCAGCUCGUUCGAGGGAGUCUCUGGCCACGUUGUGUUUGACGCACAGGGAUCGAGAAUGGCCUGGACACUGAUCGAGCAACUGCAAGGGGGGAGCUAUAAGAAGAUCGGAUAUUAUGACAUGACCAAAGGCAAUCUCUCCUGGUACGGGAAUGACAAGUGGAUAGGCCCAGGUCCCCCGGCGGAUCAGACGGUGGUGAUCCGGAAAUUCAGAUUCCUGUCUCAGAAGCUCUUUGUGUCUGUCUCGGUGUUUGCUGGACUGGGCAUCUUACUGGGCAUCGUGUGUCUCACGUUCAACAUUUACAACAGCAACGUCAGGUACAUUCAGAACUCGCAGCCGUACCUGAACAACAUGACAGCCGUGGGCUGUAUGAUGGCACUAGCUGCAGUCUUUCCUUUGGGCAUCGACGGGCUUCACGUCCGUCGCUCGCAAUUUCCUGUAGUGUGCCAGUUCCGCUUGUGGUUGCUUGGGCUUGGUUUCAGUCUGGCUUAUGGCAGCAUGUUUACAAAGAUCUGGUGGGUGCACACGGUUUUCACCAAGAAGGAUGAGAAGAAAGACAAGCGGAAGCAUCUGGAGCCCUGGAAGCUCUACGCUACGGUCGGUGUGCUUCUGGUUAUUGACGUCCUGUCCCUCAUGAUCUGGCAGAUUGUGGAUCCGCUGCACAUCACGGAGGAGAAGUUCACAAGAGAGGCGCCGAAAGAAGACUUAGACGUGUUGAUCGAGCCUCUACUGGAGCACUGCAGCUCUGAGAAGAUGAACACAUGGCUCGGUGUGGUUUAUGGCUACAAGGGCUUAUUGCUGCUGCUUGGCAUCUUCCUUGCCUACGAGACCAAAUCUAUCUCUACAGAGAAGAUAAACGACCACCGAGCCGUGGGAAUGGCCAUCUAUAAUGUCUCAGUCCUGUGCAUGAUUACAGCUCCGGUCACCAUGAUCUUGUCCUCGAAACAGGACGCUUCGUUUGCUUUUGCCUCUCUGGCCAUCGUGUUCUCCGUCUACAUCACUCUAGUCGUGCUCUUCGUCCCCAAGAUGCGAAGGUUGAUCACACGUGGCGAGUGGCAAUCCGAUCAGCAGGAGACCAUGAAGACUGGCUCGUCUACUAAUAACAACGACGAAGAGAAGUCCCGCCAGCUGGAGCGAGAAAACAAAGAGCUGCAGAAGAUCAUCCAAGAGAAGGAAGAGCGUGUGUCCGAACUGAGGAACCAACUCUCCGAGCGUCAAGCCUUGCUCAGAAGGCGUCCGUCUUCCACCAACCUAAAUCACAGCACCCCUCCACUUACAGUCUCUCACAACGACCCGAAGUCUCUCCUCCCUCCGCCUGGAUACCCUCUUCCCUCCUCGGACAAUCACUCUCUCCCCCAGACCUUCUCCAACUCCACCAUUGUUUACCAGCCCGAUGGCAAGAUCAGCCGCAACAACUGCCACCCCGGCCGCCUGCAACUCCUCUACAAGUGAUGCAACAAAAGAUCACGCAUUGUGGCAGGAAAAUACCCAAACUGAAAGGGGGAAGGGGCACCAAUUUGUUUCAUCAUCUACCUACAGUAGUUCCUUGUCUUGGUGUACGUUCCGUCAUUUCGAAACAAGUAGAUGAAGGAACUCUCAGCUGGACCUCAGCACGUCAUGUCAUGUCAAGUCGCUCUCAUUGAAGCUGCGUUUGGGGAAUUCUCCUUGCCUGAGAAAAGCCGACUCUGGGUGACUUGCUGAACAUGUAUAGCCUUCUUUGGAAAAAAAAGAACGAUCCACAGAAGAGCGGGUCAUAAAUCUCUGAAAGGAGGUGUCUGGUGUCACGGUUUGAUGGUUUUUUCAUUUACCGUCUUCAUAGCUGAGCUACCUGGAUCACAUAGCAUGUCUCAGCAUGUCUUAAUGGAGUUGGAAAGUGUUGUUUCGUUCUUUCUUUUAAUUUUUUUUUUUAUAUAAUAUAUUACAAUAUAAGAGAUGGGUGUGAAUUGGUGCUGAAUCACCCUGAACAAUGAUUAUUAAAGUCUCAGCCCCACAUCAAGCUUUUUUUUGUUCUCACAGAGCGUAUUAGAAAAAAGUGAAAUCCAAAUUUUGCAACCGUGUCCUUUUACCAUGACAUCGCUGCUCGUUUCUUGGGGCCUGCGGCUAGUGUUCCAUAAUGAACCCGUGGAAAGCAUUCGGCCAGCUCUCGGUGGCAUUGUUUAACAGGUUAGCGGGUGUUUUCUUUCACUUCGGCUAUUUUCGAGUUGAGACGACAGAGCUGUUCUGUGCUGUAGCCUCGGGAGGGCGGAUCGAUUUUCCUUUAAGGACUAAUGAUCGAACAUAAUAAGCAUUUAUAGCUUUUUGUCGGGGGGGAAGUGUGUUUAACGACGGUGCUGAUCUUUCUCGGCGAGUGAGCGAUGUGUUGUUCGGAUUGUUGCGUCUUUUUUUUUUUUUUGCCGUCUCCUAUACCUUGUUAGAAAGUAUGGAAAAAAUUCCUGGAGGAUAUUUUGCGAUUAAUUAGGACUAGUCUGAACAAAUGCUCAGAAAUGACAUACUUUGGUUUUGGCUGCAGUCUCUCUCAACCUCCCACAGUUCAGUGCAGUAAAUGUUCUGUAGUUUGCAGAUGUUGCAGAUGUUGCAGAUGUUGCGUGUUGCUUUUAAAAGCCUAUUGUGGCAAAUUGCAAGUGUGUGAUUGGAUUGAUUUUGUAUUUCUUUUUUAAUCUUUUAUCCUGCCCACACAUGAAAGCUUUCGAAUUAAAUUUACGAGCUGCCCUAAUCCAGUUAGCUUCUUAACAUCACCUGCAUAGAAGCCUCUUCGUAUCAUCCAGUCCGGCGAUGAGAAUGUUAGAAAGUUAUUCUAUAUUAUAAACACCUCCUCAGCCCCAGAAAAGCCUCUGCGGCCCAGCGAAGAGAGGGGAGUGCUGUAGGACGGCGUCACAUGAGUCAUAAAACAACAUACAACACUUCUUUCUGUAACUUCUUGCAGUUUCCUUUUAGCACAAAUCCUUGUUUUGUGGUUUCUUGCUGACUUUUGAUGAGAUAAAAAAAACCCAGGCUCAAGGUACUUUUUUCUGAGCAAGCACUUACCUGUUCUGAACUCUGUCUCCUUACGUCGUGCGGUCUUUCUAAGUAUGUGCAGGAUUUGGAGGUGGGGUAGUGUUAGUGUUUGAAAGCUUGGAUCCGCGGUCUGUUUGACUUUUAGCUUUCAGUCGACUCACAGCCUCAGAUUCGCCUCGGAUCUCACGGGAUCGGCUCCCGAAUGGAUCCCGUGCGUAAUGCAACACGGUGUUAUUCAUUUAUGUUUACACGGAAAUGUUUAUGCUAAAGGAACACAAUCAAUUUUUAUACUUAAUCAUUUUUUCAUCCAUAGAUGGCAGCAUUUCUGGCGUCUACUAUCAUUCGGACGUUAUUGUGUCCAUGUUAACUGUAUUCUCGCACAUCCCGAUAUUAAUGUGUGUACAGUACGUCGUAUUACCAUGUGCUAUUGAAAGUAUAUUUCUAUUCACCGUUAUAGAUAGAUGUUCAGAUUCUGUGAGAUGCAACAGAAUUGGUGUCUAUGAAUAAAUAAAGAGAACUUUUUUUUUUAC